AUGGUUGGCAGGCCUAGUGCGAAAGAAUGCUCCUUAGCAAACAACUGCAAGCGGGAUGUGUUUACAAUUGCCAUAGAUUUAGUAAAGGAGGAUGUGCAGAAUAUAAUCGCCAAACCUGCUGUACAAAUAAUUGUGGGAAUAGAGCUCAAGCAGCUCCCCGCCCACCUGGAAUAUGUAUUCCUUGACAAUGAUCCAUUUUAUGAGGAUUCUUUCUAUGGGUGCUUGGAGAAUUUAAGACGUGCCCUUGCCAGGUACAAGGAAACAAAUUUGGUACUAAACUGGGAGAAAUGCCAAGUAAUGGUGAGGGAAGGAAUUGUCUUGGGUCACAAAAUCUCUCAUGAGGGGAUUGAGGUAGACAAGGCCAAGCUCGACGCAAUCGGAAAACUUCCUCGACCUAAAUCCACCAAAGAUGUUCGGAGCUUUCUCAGCCAUAUGGGAUUUUAUAGGAGAUUCAUUCUAGAUUUCUCAAGAAUAUCAAAACCCCUAACAAAGCUUUUAGAAAAGGACACAUUGAUCAACUUUGAUCAACAUUGUUUAUUGGUCUUCCAAACUUUGAAAGAAAUGUUGGUCAAUGCCCCAAUUGUAAAGACUCCUGAUUGGGAAUUCCCUUUUGAUCUCAUGUGUGAUGCAAGUGACUGGGCAGUGGGAGUAGUGUUGGGAUAG